AUGGUGAACACAAGACCAUCUGUUGCAUAUUGGUCUAUCCCAUUUUCAAUAACAUUGAUAGAGGCAUCCCUAUGGCCCGAUAAGGGAUUACUCCCUAUGUUGGGACUAUCCUCUUUGAAGGACUUAUUUACAGCUGGGACAGACACAACAUCAGUCACAAUUGAAUGGACAAUGGCAGAGUUGCUACAAAAUCCUGAGAAAUUGAAGAAAACAAGAAAGGAACUUCAAAAAGUAAUCAACAAAGACGAAGGAGUUAAAGAUUUAGAUAUCACUAAUCUCCCUUACUUACAAGCAGUUGUAAAAGAAACCCUUAGGUUGCAUCCAUCAGCCCCUAUAUUAGUCCACAAAUCAAUUUCUGAGGUUGAAUUAUGUGGUUUUAAGGUACCAAAAGAUGCACAAGUUCUUGUGAAUGUGUGGAGCAUGGGAAGAGACCCUAGUAUUUGGAACGAUCCAAAUUUGUUUGUACCUGAAAGAUUUUUAGAAAGUGGAGAUGUUUUUAGAGAAGAAGAUUUUGGGUUCAUUCCAUUUGGAGCUGGUAGAAGAAUGUGUCCUGGUGUUUCUUUUGCUCAUAGGGUUGUGCAUACCAUGUUGGCCACAAUGCUUUACCAUUUUGAUUGGAAGUUAGUUGAUGAGGAAAAAUGUGAACACAUUGACAUGACUGAAAAAUUUAGGGUUACUUUGCGCAAAGUCAAGCCUCUCAUGGCUAUUCCCAUCUAA